GGUCUGUAUUCUGCCAUUUAUCACCGCCAUGGUGAUAGUGGCCGAUAAUCCGCUGCAGGUUCUGGAUCAUGCCAGAGUUCUUUGGAUCUGUGGUGUCUGCUAAUUAUUUUUCCUAAUCCAAUAUUCACAAUCGGAAACAUAUCAAGAUGUCCCGAGCAUCUAAGCUGACAUUGGCUGCUACCGGCUUGGGUACGGCGGGAAUUAUCUACUUCGUUCACUGGGCACAAGAACAAGAGAAAGCUUCCAUGCAUAAGGGUGUUGAGCGAGAUAUGGAGAAGCAGCGCAUUCGACAAGAACGGCAGGCCGAGUUUGAGAUUCAACGAAGACUUGAAGAAGAAUAUAGGCAGCUUCAAACUGUCUCCCCGAGCAUAGAAGAUCAGAGUGGAGGCAAAGCGAAACAGGGGAGAGGGACAUAAUAUUCAAAAUCAUUGAAACCGUGUUAGAUUGAGUUGGAUGUUAUGCUCUACGCUAUAGACUAUCAUCUGUGAUAGAUGACUGGCUCCUGUAUAAUAUACCCGAAUGUACAGUACAUGAUAUAGAAUCCCUGCUCCGACGCACGCACUCACUUUUACAUUGUCAUAAGGAUGACUUUGGAUCUCUUGGACGCACCUGUAUGACCUUCUUAUGUAGCUGCAGUUUAGCACCACAACUAUCGAUUGGAUGUGGCGGAGAGUAGAUGAAAGACCAUGCCAUGGAUCUUAUCAUCGGGAAUCUAGAAACUUCUUAAAGCAGACACCAUAGUCUGUUUUCCUGUUCUCUACCUUUUUCUCCAGAUCGCCUAGCAUGCUCACAGUUUGCUCUAAAAAAUAUCUAUAGGGAAUUGUCCAGGGUAUAUAUAGA